GAUAAUUGAUGUAAAAAGGAAAGAGUUGGUGUAGCGUACAUGGGAGGGGAGAGCAAAGUAGUUCCUUGGUGGUGAAGUUGUAGAAUAUUUGGGAUCGGAAGAGAAGGGAAGGAGUGUGGUGUGGGUAAUGGACGAAGUGAUGACGAUGGCGGAUGUAACGGCAAGCACAGAAGCAGCAUCAGCCACCCCUUCUUCUUUGCUUCCUUCCAAUCUUCCUCUCUUAUCUGCCUUCCUCUCUUUCGCUCUCGCUCAGUUCCUCAAGAUCUUCACCACCUGGUAUAAGGAAAAGAGAUGGGAUUCUAAAAGGAUGCUUGAUUCUGGUGGAAUGCCUUCGUCGCAUUCUGCGACCGUGUCAGCUCUGGCUGCGGCUAUAGGUCUCCAAGAAGGGGCAGGGUCACCUGCUUUCGCGAUUGCUGUUGUCUUGGCUUGUAUUGUAAUGUAUGAUGCCUCGGGGGUUAGACUUCAUGCAGGUCGGCAAGCAGAAUUGCUUAAUCAAAUUGUGUGUGAGCUACCUCCAGAGCAUCCUUUAUCAAAUGUCAGACCUCUGCGUGAUUCUCUUGGUCAUACUCCAUUACAGGUUGUUGCUGGUGGCUUAUUGGGAUGCCUUAUAGCAUUUUUGAUGAGAAAAUCAAAUUAAGAUUCCAUGUGAUGUGACUGGUAUUAAUGCUCUACCUUGUAACAAAUGUUGGUGCAUGGCCAAAAUGAGAGCAUGGUGGAAAGGGCAUAAAAGCCUGCUGUUGCAAGUAUACAAGUGGGUAAAGUGCGUUGAGGGUUCACCUUGUUGCUGGGAGAUCCUUUGUCCUGACUUUUGGACAUUCAGACUUGUACACAUUAAUAGAUCCAUUUGUUAAUUCUGGCUUUAUUUAUAGUUGAACAAAAUCCCGAGACCACAGUGGCUAUUCUUUGACUUAUUAAUUUCCACUUAUUGUGGCAAAUUGAAAAUUUGAAGGCACUUUGAAGUUUCAUUGUAAUGUGCCAUGUUUUAUCCUUAAGUAGAAUCAAUGCUUCUCCACGGUUAUGACCCGGUCAAGAACUUCGACCAGCAGUGUUUUUUCAUUUCAU